UUCUCUAUCGACCAUGUUAUCUAUAGCCGUGGUUUGAACAAAGAAUGCCAUUUCAGUUACUACUAUAUAUAUUUUACUAACAUAUUUGUGUUUUUUUUAUCCACGUUAUUAAGAAUAUUGUUUACUGGAAACGCCUAAUUUUUUUAUGUUAUAUUUAACUGUUAAAUUAUUAUUUUUAGUAUUAGCUCUUAUUUGAUUAUUAAAUUUACCUUAUCGAAGUAAAAAAAACGUCUGAACCAUGACUAAUGAUUUAGUUACAUUUAACGUUCGUUAUGAAGAAUCUGUUUUCAAACUAAAAAUGGAAAGUCCUACUGAUGUUCAUAGAUUCAUUCAAAAACUGAAAAAUGAACUGAACCUAGAAGAUACUGUUGAUCUAAUUCUAUUAUAUCCAACGCUUGAUGGUAAAAUGCAAACAAUAAAGACUGAUGAUGAUAUUGAAUCUUUAAAGGAAACAAAACUUUGCUAUAAUGCUAAAAGUAAAGAAAUAUACUGCAGCGUAGAAAUUGUGGUAAUAGUUAUUCAUGAAUUACUAGAAGAUGAUCCAAAAUCUCAAAUAAUGAAUUUAACAAAAAAAGUCAAUCGAUUAUCAUCCCAGUUUGAUGAAUAUUUGCUAUAUUUUGACAAUAAACUUAAAGAAAAUACAUCAAGUGUUCUAGAAAGUAUAAGGUCAAUGUUAUCUAAACAAUCCCAGAAAAAUUCUAGCUACAAAGUAACAAAAGAUGAUAUAGGCGAACAGAGUAAACCUAAUGGAACCUUGGAUAAUGGCCACACAAAACCACAAAAAAAAGUAAAAAAGGAUGAAGAAAAAACAUCAAUAACUUCUGUAUAUACUGAUACUCCUAAGUUGACAGACUCAGUUAAUGACAAAAAUCAAGAACAGAUACCUAAUAACUCCAGCAAUACCUCUGCUAAACCAAAAGAUAUUGAUAAUUUAUUAAAAAUGUUGGUUGAAAAAGGAUAUAAUAACACUAUACAGAAUAUUAUAGCUUUAAAAAGAUUUGAUAAUGAUUUUGAAAAAACCAUAAAUUAUUUAAAAUCAAAUGCUGUAUAGAUAUUUAAAAUUUUAUUUC